GCGACUUUGCACAGCGGCGACCGGCGACAUGAAGCUCAAGCGCGCAAAGGCCUACAAGAAGCUGCUCCACCAGUACGAGCUCAACUUUGGGUUCCGCGAGCCGUACCAGGUCCUGCUCGACUCGGCGAUCCUGCAAGAUGCGUACAAGUUCAAGAUCGAUGUCGUCGGGCGCCUCGAAAAGGUGCUCGGCGCCAAGGUCAAGCCCAUGAUCACCCAGUGCGACAUGCGCCACCUCUACGAGGCGACGCCCAAGAACGAGACGCUCAUCCUGCAGGCCAAGACGUACGAGCGCCGGCGCUGCGGACACCACGAGCUGGACGAGCCGCUGACCACGCUGGAGUGUCUGAGCAGCGUCGUCGACCCCAAGGGCAGUGGGACCAACAGGCAUCGCUACGUGGUCGCGAGCAACGACAAGGAAGUGCGCGUGAAGAUGCGCCGCAUCCCGGGCGUGCCGCUGAUCUACAUCAGCAAGAGCGUCGUGCUGAUGGAGCCCAUGACGAGCGCGACCGAGCAGUUCAGGGAGCGGGAGGAGAAGAGCAAGUUCAAGCAGGGCCUGAAGGGCGCGAGGAACCCGGAUGCGGGCGAGAAGCGGAAGAGGGAGGACGAACGUGAUGGGAAUAACGAGUCUGUUGCUACCGACGCGCAGGCCCCGAAGAAGAGGAGGCAAAAGGGCCCGAAGCAGCCCAACCCGCUCAGCAUGAAGAAGAAGAAGACCGACACGCCGAAGAAGACCGACACACUGAAGAAGGAGACCGACACACCGAAGAAGGAGACCGACACACCGAAGAAGAAGACCGACCCGCUGAAGAAGGAGACCGACCCGCUGAAGAAGGCUGUCGAGCUGAACGAGUCACAGUCACAGUCACAGGCAGCUGCCGCUGAUGCUGGAGACGGCGACGCUACCGCGUCCAAGAAGCGCAGACGGAAGCACAAGUCGAAGGCGGAGGGCGGGGCUGAGGGUGGGGCUGAGGGCGAGGCUGAGGGUGGGGCUGGGGGAGGGGCUGAGGGAGGGGCUGCUGAGGGCGGUGGCGUCUCUCUAGACACAGGUCGUGCUUCGUCGUGAGACGGACAGCAAUGAUACCCAAGAUCCAUCCGUCAGCACAGCAAGAGGGGGCGUGCAGACUGCAUGUGAGGAGGUAUGAUGCAAUGCCUGGCAGCUAUGGACAGCUCUACACCUCAGACCUUGUUGCCCUGCGCGAGGAGAUCUGCCACCUUUGGAGGAAGCACCAGUGCGCUGCGGUCGUUGCGUUUGACGAACUCGACAAUGACCUCGGCCGUCUUCUCAGGCUGGUCUUCUUGGAGGAAGUGGCCAGCGGCAGGGAAGACGGAGAGUUGAAACUUGCCUGCGCGGGAUUAGAGAAAGCACAGAUAACACCCUCGAUCAAUCGAUCAAUCAAUCAAUCAGUCGAUCAAUCAAUCA